AAUAACCUUCGAUCAUGGCUACCAUGACUGGUUUUUUUCUAUGCGUUUCCUGCAUCGUUAUCCUUAACCUCGUUUAUACCAUGGCUCAAUCUGAAAACUACAUCAUCCACAUGGACAAAUUAGCCAUGCCGAAAGCAUUUUCCACCCACCAUGCUUGGUAUUUGUCCACUCUUUCCUCUGUAUUAGAUAAUGCUCAUACCUUCAAUGAUGACAAUCUUGACAUUGCUUCCUCUAAACUGAUUUACACCUACACCAACGCCAUGAAUGGUUUUACUGCAAAUUUGUCACCACAGGAAAUUGAAGCUCUCAAAACCUCCCCGGGCUACGUUUCUUCCACACCAGAUUUGCCGACCAAGCUUGACACAACACACUCACCAGAAUUCCUUGGCCUUAAUCCCAAGACAGGAGCUUGGCCUGCUGCGAAAUUUGGUGAAGAUGUCAUUGUUGGUUUGGUGGACACUGGAGUAUGGCCAGAAAGUGAAAGCUUCAACGAUAAAGGGAUGCCUGAUAAGCUUCCUUCACGAUGGUAUGGCAAUUGUGAAAGUACUAUUAAAUGCAACAAGAAACUCAUUGGAGCUCGCUUCUUUAACAAAGGGUUUCUUGCCCAGAAAAACAAAUCGGCCGCAAUUGUGCACUCAACUAGGGAUACAGAUGGUCAUGGAACUCACACAUCUUCCACUGCAGUUGGAAGCCAAGUUGUUAAUGCAUCAUUCUUUGGAAAUGCCAAUGGAUCAGCGAAAGGAGUUGCUCCAAGGGCAAGAUUAGCCAUUUACAAGGUAUUGUGGGGUGAUAUGCUUUACUCAUCUGAUUUAAUAGCUGCAGUUGAUACUGCAAUAUCAGAUGGGGUUGAUAUUCUUUCCCUUUCACUUGGCUAUAAUGUUUACACAUUGUUCGAGGACCCUAUGGCUACAGCAACAUUUGCAGCCAUGGAUAGAGGCAUUUUUGUGUCCACGUCGGCAGGGAAUUCAGGGCCUGAACGUGAAUCUCUGCACAAUGGAAUACCAUGGGUCAUAAACGUUGCUGCUGCCACUUUGGAUCGUCAAAUUCAGGCGUCUCUUACCCUUGGCAAUGGUGUCAAACUAUUUGGUUUAUCAACCUAUCUAACAGGAAACUUCUCAGCACACCAAGUUCCUAUUGUUUUUUCAGGCUCAUGUGACAAUUUAAAGGAACUAGUCAAAGCAAUUAACAAGAUUGUGGUGUGUGAGGUUAUGGAGAUAGAUCUUCCAAAUCUUGUGUAUUAUAUAAAGGCUUCAAAUGUUUCAGCAUCAGUGUUCAUUUCAACUUCGAACAAUAAUGAAAUCAUUAAUGAGCUUGGUGGUCUUGUAGGCGUCAUUAUCGACCAAAGAAAUGGAGAAAAGAUCAAAGCAUACAUCAAGAGUAACUCUGAUGCAAAAGCAAGCAUGUCUUUUCAGAUAACAGCAUUAGGUAUUAAACCUGCACCGAGAGUGGAUCGUUACAGUUCUAGAGGGCCAUCAGUUAGUUGCCCCUUUGUGUUGAAACCAGACAUCACCGCUCCUGGAACAUCAAUCUUAGCUGCAUGGCCUCAAAAUCUUCCAGUGUCCAUUUCUGGAUCAAAACCCCUUUAUAGUAACUUCAAUCUUUUAUCUGGAACAUCUAUGGCAUGCCCUCAUGUGGCAGGUGUGGCAGCAUUGUUAAAAGGAGCACAUCGUGAUUGGAGCCCUGCAGCUAUUAGGUCAGCCAUCAUGACAACAUCGGAUAUAUUCGACAACAAUAAGGAACCCAUUAAAGACAUUGGUGAGGAAGACAAACCGGCAUCUCCUUUAGUCAUGGGAGCAGGUCAUGUCAACCCCAACAAAGCCCUAGACCCUGGACUUGUUUACGAUGCGGGUGCUCAGGAUUACGUCAAUCUUCUCUGCGCAAUGAACUUAACUCAACAACAAAUCAAAACCAUCACAAGAUCCUCUUCCUACAAUUGUUCCAAACCUUCCUUGGAUCUUAACUACCCUUCUUUCAUUGCUUUGUUCAAUGGUUCUUCUAACCAGUCAAUGGGAACUUGGGAAUUUUUUAGAACAGUGACCAAUGUUGGGGAGGGAGAGACAAUCUAUACUGCUAGGGUUACACCAAUCAAAGGGUUCAAUGUUAGCAUCAGCCCAAGCAAGUUGGUGUUCAAGGAGAAGAACCAGAAGCUAAAUUACAAGUUAAGAAUUGAAGGUCCAAAGAGGGAGGGUUUCGGGUACGUCACUUGGACUGACGUCAAACAUGUUGUGAGGAGUUCUAUUGUGGUCACCUAUCCACCAUCUCAACAUUAAUUUUGUAAUCUGAGAAAUGAUUUCAUGUGCUUAAAGU